CCUAACACGGAUGUUUUAUUGAUUUUGUUUCCCCCCUAACAUUGAUGCUUAUAUGAACAACGUGACUGCGAUGAAGGUUCUACAGCUGUCGGCGUACGAGCGGAUCAAGCAGGCCACUGAGACCGUCCUGCUGCAGCUGGAGGACGGGGCUGACUGCGGGAAGAUGAGACUGGUGCUCAACGAGGUGCUCACGACCACCGUGGUGGAAAUCCUCCGUGUGUUCGAGAGGACGGUAGUGGAGUACAAGGAGAGGCUGCUGCGGUCGGAGCAGCAGGUCCAGUCCGAGGAGAGGCUGAGGUGGUCGGAGCAGCAGGAACAGCAGGAGCAGCAGGAGCAGCAGGUGCGGCGGUCGGAGCAGCAGGAGCAGCUGGAGCAGCAGGUGCUGCAGGUCUGCCCGCAGCACCGCCUGCUCAACUCCCUCUUCAGUCCCACAGUCAUGUUGGAGAGAGCAGAGAGUUUGAUGAUACAAAUGUUACGUGCCUAA